UAUGAAACGUCAUAAUCGUUGGUAAAAGCUUUAACUUCUCAUCCUUCCAACUGUUGGGUCACAUAGUACUUUGAGGAGCUAAUUCCGGAAACCAAGAAACAUCGUCCCAUUCAAUCUCUAGUCACCCUAACCCCACCAACAUUAUGUUAAUUUUAAUAAAAUUCAUCACCCAAAAAGCCCCUUGUUGAUUCCAAUUUCAUCUUUUGCUUUUCUGAAUCAAAGGAACACCUCGGCACAUUUUUUGAAACAUAAAGAACACAGGUACCCACCCAUUUCCUGCAAAAUCCAGAUGAUAGACCCCUCUCUCCUAAUUUGAUUUAUGAUCAAAAGAAUCAAUCUUGUUUCCUUCUCCUUUUUGUUUUUUCUCUGGGGUUUUUGAAUUUUUUUCAUUGGUGUAUCCGAGUUGAGUUUAUUUUAGAUCGUCCUUGGGUUUGCACCCCAGAUGUUUGUUGUUUUGCCUCUGAGAGUGACAUUGUUGAUACAAGGAGAGCUCGAUCUGGGUUGAUCACAUUACUCUACCUUUCCUUAGAUAUCACACAUAUAUCUAAAUCAGGAGAUAAUGAGCAAAAUCCUUGUGCGCAUUUUGAAGUCCGUGGAAUCAAAAGUCUGGAAAUCACAAACAUCCGCGAAGAAAAGGGCAAUCAGCAUUUUCACAACAAUGUCCGUCGCCCAUGUCGAUGACGAGGUUACCGAUGCAGAAGUUUACAACACUGAGAAGCUCUUCUGCAAUGGCGACAUCUAUAUCGGUCAGUGGGCUACUGAUACCCCUCAUGGAAACGGCAAAUACUUAUGGUCCGAUGGGUGUAUGUACUUAGGCGACUGGAAUAACGGGAAAAUCCAUGGUAAAGGUAAAUUCAGCUGGCCUUCUGGUGCUUCUUACGAGGGCGAUUUCAAGAAUGGUUUCAUGGAUGGAGAAGGUACUUUCACAGGCUCUGUAAACGAUUCUUAUAAAGGUUCUUGGGUUAUGAACAAAAAGCAAGGAAAAGGAACAACAAAUUACGCAAAUGGUGAUCAUUACGAAGGGGAAUGGAAAAAGGGAUUCCAUAAUGGACAAGGGAGGUAUCGUUGGGAGAAUGGGCAUCAGUAUAUCGGUCAAUGGAAGAAUGGGAAAAUGAACGGGAAUGGAACCAUGAUGUGGGAGAAUGGGAAUCGGUAUGAUGGGAGUUGGGAAGAUGGAUUACCAAAAGGGAAUGGGACAUUCCAUUGGUUGGAUGGAAGUUUCUAUGCUGGAAUCUGGAGUCGGGAUCAAAAAGAACAAAGUGGGAAAUUUUAUCCAUCCACUUCACAAGUUCCUCAUGAUGAUUGGGACCCACAUCAGUUGUUUUCAGUUGAGAUGAGUGAAUGUUUGAUUUGUGAAGGCGAAAACAUUGUGAUUUUUCCUUCUGAUAAGUUGUUUUAUUGGUCUAAUAAUGAGGAAGGAAUGCCUCAAAAUCCACCAACAACAACAACAAGGGGAAUUGAUACGAAUGGGAAUGGCGGAAAUGGGUAUUUGGGCGGGUCGUUGAAGAUCCGGAUGCAACCUGCAAAGAGGCAAGGAGUUACAAUAUGUAAAGGGCAUAAAAAUUAUGAGCUUAUGCUCAAUCUACAACUCGGUAUAAGACAUUCUGUAGGAAGGCCAGCUCCGACAAAAUCUUUAAAAUUGAAGCCUACUGCUUUUGAUACGGAGCAAAAGUUAUGGACAAGAUUUCCUCCCGAGGGAUCAAAACAUACGCCACCUCACCAGUCAUGUGAAUUUAAAUGGAAAGACUAUUGCCCGUUGGUAUUCAAGACUCUUAGGAAACUAUUUAAUGUGGAUCCAGCUGAUUACAUGUUAUCAAUAUGUGGAAACGAUGCUCUUCGGGAGCUCUCAUCUCCUGGAAAAAGUGGAAGUUUUUUUUAUUUGACUCACGAUGACAAGUACAUGAUCAAGACAAUGAAAAAAUCCGAAGUUAAAGUUUUAAAAAGAAUGCUUCCAGCAUAUUUUGAUCACGUGAAGUCGUUUGAGAACACACUUGUUACAAAAUUUUUUGGACUACAUUGUGUGAAGUUAAGUGGGCCCAUACAAAAGAAGGUGCGAUUUGUCAUCAUGGGAAAUUUGCUAUGUACUGAAGUUCCUAUUCAUAGACGCUAUGAUUUGAAAGGUUCUUCACAUGGGAGAAUAACAGAUAAACCAGAAACCGAAAUUGAUGCAAACACAACUCUUAAGGAUCUUGAUCUUAAAUUUAUUUUUCGGUUGCAAAAAGAUUGGUAUCAGGAGUUUUGCAGUCAAGUGAACAAGGAUUGUGACUUUCUUGAACAAGAGAGAAUUAUGGAUUACAGUUUGUUGGUUGGUAUUAGCUUUCAAGAACCAAAUAGGCAAGUAGCUGAAGUGAAUGCUGAUGCUGAUAGCAAUGGAACAACUCCUAGCCUUUCAACAGACAUGGAUUCUCUUAUCAAUCCUACAAAGUGUAGUUGUUUACGGUUAGGAAUUAAAAUGCCAGCACGCGUUGAAUUCACGGUGAGAAGUAAUGACACGCAACUAGUUGGAGAACCGACAGGACAAUUUGGUGAUGUCAUCCUUUUCUUUGGUAUAAUAGAUAUACUACAAGAUUAUGAUAUAAGUAAGAAGCUUGAACACGCGUAUAAAUCAUUCCAAUGUGAUUCCACUUCCAUUUCUGCUGUCGACCCAAGAUUUUAUUCUAAAAGAUUUAAGGAUUUUAUAUUUAGAGUUUUUUCAGAUGACAGUUAA